GAGCAAACUAAUAAAGUUUAGGCUUGCCGUAUUUGUAUAUAAGUGUGCUAAAUUGCGAGACACAUCACAGUCGGCACACAUUCCUCACAGAAACACACACCCAUCCCCAGCAAAAAUGAAAUCCGAGCAAGGUCAGCUGAAGAAUGUCGGCUCUGAAAACGAAGCCAUCGAGGUCCGAGGCCAGUUCUCCUACACCGGCCCCGACGGCGUCGUCUACACCGUCAACUACGUCGCCAACGAGAACGGCUUCCAGGCCCAAGGAGCCCAUCUGCCCCAAACACAUCACAGUCGGCACACAUUCCUCACAGAAACACACAUCCACCCAUCCACAGCAAAAAUGAAAUCCUUCAUUGUCUUCGCUUGUAUGUUCGUCGCCGCCCUCGCCGGCCCCGUCAGCCAAGGCUCCGACGCCGACGCGCAGGUCCUCCGCUACGAUAGCGACAACAUUGGCGUUGAUGGAUACAAAUAUGUUUUUAAUGAGAUCAAAACCAUUUUUCAUUUUCGCAACAGCGUGGAAACCUCCAACGGUAUCUCCGCCCAGGAGCAAGGCCAGCUGAAGAACGUCGGCUCUGAGAACGAAGCUAUUGAGGUCCGAGGCCAGUUCUCCUACACCGGCCCAGACGGCGUCGUCUACACCGUCAACUACGUCGCCGACGAAAACGGCUUCCAGCCCCAGGGCGCUCACCUCCCCGUCGCUCCCUAA